UCUCCCUUCUACAGUAUCACUGCAGCCAGGCUACGGGCACUCUGCUCUGUACCCUUCGAGCCAGACAGACGGCAGGACGGGCCGACAGCUGCCUCUCAGGCCUCCGCACAUCAUGGAGGGGACGCACAUCCAACCCAUGGAGGAGGAUGGGGCCGUUAUGGAGGAGGAAAUGAAAAUAAAUGGGGAACAGGAAGAGGGAGAAAUGGAGGCCUCGGAAGAGGAAACAGAUGAGGACUGCGAACCGGAGCCCCCGCACGUCAUUCGGAGGAAGGUGUCGUUUGCCGAUGCGUUCGGUCUCAACUUGGUGUCAGUGAAGGAGUUUGACAAUGUCACAGAGUCAGAGGUCAGCCAGCCCCCGAAGAGUGAGGCAACCCCUCUACUGGAGGAGUGCUACAUGUCCUGCCUGUUUACAGCCCCCUCAUCCCCCGAGGAGCUCGACCAGAGGCUACAAACACAGAUGGUUGAACUUGAAAGCAUGGAGCUCCUCCCGGGGACCACCACACUGCGUGGCACCAUCAGGGUGGUCAACCUCUGCUAUAGUAAGUCAGUUUACGCCCGGAUGACCCUGGAUCGCUGGACGAGCCAAUUUGACUUGUUGGCGGAGUACGUGCCUGGAUCCAGUGACAGGAAAACAGACAGGUUUACCUUCAUGUACACCCUGGUACCUCCCUUUGAUAGAGAGGGGGCCAGAGUGGAGAUCUCUCUGCGUUAUGAGACCUCCGUGGGCACUUUUUGGGCUAAUAACGCAGGGUUGAACUAUGUGCUGUUCUGCCACCAGAAAGGACAUGUGAAGGAGCACGUUCUCCUGGCGCAAGAGGAGAGUCACAUCUACAAGAGCAAGAGGAGCUGUCUGAAAGCUAUCAUGAAGGGCACUGCAGAGGAAAACAUUGAGGACAGCUGUAACACCUCAACAGCUGCUGCAGAGGCAGAAGCCACACAUAAAGCAGAGGAGGCUAUCAGGAGGGGCAGCACAGAUAUACAAUCCUUACUAGACCGUGAAGAACGCAAAACUUUGGUGGAUAGCAUUAACAGCCGACACCGAGCAGCCCGCUUGGCCCGUUUGAAGGAAUACCUUUCCCAGAGGAGCCAGCACAUACCGAAGGCUCAUUCACAUGACUCAGCGACAAGCCAGGGGCUUUCUCAGCCUCUGCCUGCUCAGUGGGUUGACUCUGCCAGCUUUCUCCACCAACGCCAAAAGAAGCAAUCCAACGAGAGUCCACAGAUGCUCACCUACCACCAGAUUCCUCUGCUUACACUGGAUUGGAACAAUGACAAAGCCCAUGAGAGGGGGGCUCCGGAAAUGCGUGCCAUUUGGACUGGAACAGCUAAAAUGACCUUGUCAAAAGCGUCAGAGGAGAAAACGCCUUCUGUCAAUGAUGUGUGGGAGGCAUUUGGUAACAGAACAGAUGAUAGCAGUGAUAGAGAAACCUCGGUAUGCGAUGUAUGGCAGGCAUUUCUUAAUGAGCCGAGCUGUACGGACCCUUCUGCUGUUCCAGAGUCAGAAUGGCUGCAGACAGCAGCGUCAGUUUCUCCCUCAAAUGUUAAAGGGCCCAAUGCUCGAAAUACAGCAAGCAGUCAAGAGCAAGAAUUGCAGGUGGGCACGGUUACACCCACCAACUUACAUGCACACACCUUAGCUGUAUGCCAGCUGCUGUCAGACAGUCUUGCUGAUGUCGCGUUGAAUACUGAAGACCUCCAGCCAGCAGAGGCAUGUGUCAGCAGCCCAAGAGACGACGACACAGUGACACGAGACACAUCCCAAAGGUCACAGACAAACUCCGUUACAGACACUCCGCAGAUAUUUUGCCUCAAGGGGGCAACGCAGGUGUCCGAAGGCUCUGUUGACAGUUCAACUGAGUGUCACGAGCAUACGAUCUGGGGGCAAGGAAGAGAGGAAAUAAUAGGAGGAGCAGAAGGAAAAGGACAGGAUGAGCCCUUCACACAAUGCACACAUGACUUAGUAACAAGCUCAGGGGAGUCGGAGACAACAGACAUGACAGCAAUGCCAGAGUCUCAGAAUGCCACCGCCGAUGAUAGGAUCUCACAGGGACUGGAUGAGGGUCUUUCUUCCAGCAGGGAAGGCGAGGUUACAGGUAGCACACAGAGCAUGAUGGAUGACAAGCUGGCAUUUACAGGGACAAUCAGAAAGGGGACAAAGGAUGGGGAGAGGUUUGUCUUUUCUACAUCCAGACAAGGAGGGGAGGAAGGGAUGGUGAAUAGCUGUACGGAAAAUAAAGCAGCUGCAGAUGAGGAGAUAUUUAGGCCAGAGAAAAGAGAAGAGUGUGAAAUCUCCCGGCGGUGUGCAGAUGAAAAGCAACAUGGGGAAGUCAGGCAGAACCUAAACAGUGAAAACCCAUUACAGGAGAAUGAAAAUGAAAUAAAACUUGCACAGAAAAAUGCAGGCGAAUCCAAUCUGAGCAAUACCUCUGAGGUACAUUUCACGCAAAGUCAAAUAAUGCCAAGUGAAUUCAAAUUAGAUGAAUCAGACUGCGAGGAUGUUGCAUCAAAUAGCAAAGACUUCAAAAAGAGAGAGAUGGAACCUUCCUAUUGUACAAGAGACGAAACAAAGAGACUAAUUGGUGCAGAAGGGGGAAUGGUUCAGGUAUUAAAUAAGGAGCAAAAGGACAAAGCUUUUCAACUUCAUUCAUUGUGGCAGAGGGGGGACACAUCAAUAAUUUCGGAAGAACAUAAACAGACAAGGACAAUCGAAGCAGGGGAUGUGGAGUGCAUUCAAGCCCCAAGACAGACGCAACUUGAGGAAAAUAUUGUACCAAAAUUGGAAACAGGUGUAUUAGUUUCAAAUCAGGCAGAGAACGAAAGUAGGAGCUGUGAUGGAAUAAUAGAAAAGCAACCGGACAUAAUGGUUACAUACGAUGGGAAAGACUUCCAAGGUGUUCCUGAUAGCCCCUUUUCAACAGAUAAAUGCAACACUUACCGAGUAGAGGUUUUAGACAUGAAAUGGACUCAUUCACAGGAUGCCAGUCAGAGAGAGGAUGUCGGCUGUGAAAUAAGCCCAGAAGAAGUUAUGGAGAAGAAGGAGAGUGUUGCAAUGAAAGACACUUCAACAGAACUUCAACACCAACCUGAGACAUUAGAAAGCACAGAAGAACGUAGGAGUCACAGAGACACUGAUGAGAGCAUGAGCUUUGGAGAGCUGAACAUAGAAGUGCAGGAGGACUUGAUGGGUAAUGUGGAGGACCCUCAGGGGGAGAGGAAGAACGCACCAGCGGAAUUGAAAGAACAAGAGUUGUCAGCAGAAGUUGAGAGCUCUACACGUGUUGAAUAUAAAAGAUUGUCAGAGGGAACAAAAGACUCUAUCAUAGCAGAAAAUACUGGAGCACUUGAAGUGAUCGAGUCUGGAUUGGAUGAGAUGUUCAUCGAAAGGUUUGGAGAAGAUUUGAUCAGUGAGAUUUGGGAAGAGGUGUUUGGUUGGAGAAACCAGGCUUCGUAUCGAGACACCGAUAUUGUUGAGGGAAUGGGGGGCAAACAGGCAGUUAAACCUGAUGUUACACUUUUUGAGAAAGACUUGAAUGAUGCAUUGUCCUUGAUAGAACUGCCAAAAGAUCAAACCUUAGCCACUGAGAGCAAUGAAUUCUCCCCGAAAGAGAGUCUGUCCCUCACCACAGCAGAACAAACCAACUUUCUUUCACAAUUACAGACAGAUUUGAAUACAAGUGCUCAUCUCAGUAAAGAUUUCACCCCCAUUGCGGCAGCUCAGAGUAGUCCGUCAUUGACCGAAUCAGCCCAACGCUCUAUAAAGGACCAGGAACAUUUCACUCGAACAAAAGAAAGAUCUGUCACCUGUCAGGAAACAAGUAGACACAUAGAAAGAUUUGGAGAAUAUCUGAUCGGUGAGAUUUGGGAUGAGGUGUUUGGUCGGAGAGAACAGUCCUCUAAAGGACACACCGAUAUUGUUGAUAGAACAAGCGAGCUGGCCGGUAAACCUGAUUUUACACGAAAUUGUCUUUUUGAGAAAGACUCCAAUGCUUUUGAUUCUGGUGCAUUUUCCUUGACACAAAUGCAAAAAGAUGGAAAUCCAAAGGGUCAGGAAAACUACCCUGAAACAAAAGAAAGGUCUGUCACACGUCAGGAAACAGGCAGACAAAUAGAAGAAGUCGCCCACAGGGAGGGUUUUAAUCAAUCGGCCCACCCCUCUCACAAACAUCGGAGUUCUUCCUCUGACACUUUGCAAGAGUCUGAUAGAGUUGUAUGGUGGAGUAUGUUAUACACCCUUCAUCACAACAGACUUCUAAUGUGCGUCCUCGUAGUCGCUGGAUUCUUCUUCAGCCUUUUCCUGUAUGAUUUCCCAGCAUUCUUUGCGCUCUACACAUUUUCAUUGUGCUGGUGGUUUUAUAAGUGGAAGACACAUCGAGUGAAGACAAACAAGGGGACGCUGGGAUUGGCUGAGAGUUAACAGAGAUAGAAAGGUGUGAAAAACUGCUGUGUGUAGCAUUUUAAAUCACUAGUACAUUACUGUCAAAUGAAUGGUAAUGCCUUCCAUUUCUUCAGUCGGGGAAACCGUUGUCAACCAUUGAAAAGAUUAUUGAAAAAUGGGUGCAAUAAAACGAAAUGCUACACACAGCAUUUGUGUGUGUGUGUGUGUGUGUGUGUGUGUGUGUGUGUGUGUGUGUGUGUGUG